AUGUCAUCUGCAUUGUCAUCAAUUGUUUUAUUAUCUCUAAUAUCUAUUCUAAUUGUUGAGAAUAGUGCUGUUAAUUCAUGCAAAGCUCAAGUCUAUCUAAGUGACACAUGUAGGACUACGGUAUCCGUUCCCAAUGAUUGUAAUUUAGGUAUUUUUAAUUUAACUAAUACUGCUUAUGCAAAAUGUAAUACGAUGAGUGUUUUUUGGUCUUAUCCACAACAUAAUUUAACAUUAAUUAUUGAGACAUCAUUUACACAACAACAUCAACGAUAUGCCAUCUAUCUCGAUAAUGAGCAAUUAAUGUCAGCUGUCUCACAUGUCUAUCGAAUAAUUAAUAAUCAAGAAAGAUGUGUAACGACAAAAGAUAAAACACUUAUUCAAUAUUCUGAUUCAAACUACAAAAUUAUUCUUAAAUUUCAAGGUCCUGAACGUCUCGAGCGAUAUGGUGUUAAUAUUAAUUAUGAUGCUCGCCGAAUCUAA